AUGCCGUUCUUGCGUUCGCUGAAGAACGACCGUAGUUACAAGCUAUGCAGCUCCAAGACUUUAAUAGGCUCAGAGGAUUCGACCUGUGACUUUGUUAUUUCAGACGAUAACGUUCUAGAACUGCACGCUUUGCUUUAUAUAUCAAUAGGCAAGGCGUCGGCAAAGCUAAUCCCACUUUCUACAGCGCAGACUGGAGUCUGCUACGUCAAUGACGUUGUCGUACGCGAAGAUGGAGCAGUGAUUGUGCAUGGCGAUCGAUUGUCAUUUGGAGACGCAAACAACGCUUUUGUGUUUGAAAUCACGCCUCAUUCAGAAGAGACGGCGAAUCCGCAGCAAUUGCUUGAAAAGAAGAAAUCAAAACAGUUUUUAGCUGACCAAACCAGGGAUAACCAUACCUUACAAAAAGCGGUCAAUGCAUUGCGUCGUGAUCGCAACCUUCCCAAUAUAUCUGCUGGUACGUUGAUUCAAAGCAACUUGCAGAGGGCACCUAAACAAAAUUGCAGCAGCAAAGUUACUUUUGCUGACCCGUCUUCAUUGCUUGAGGAACAGCUAAGCCGAUACUUGUUAGAGGCAUCAACUGACUCUUUACUUAACGAGUAUGUCGAACGCAAAUUGAGUCAACGUAAAAAUGGGCACUCCUUAAUCGAAAACAUUGAUCAGAGUGGUAGCUUAGGUGUCCGACAAUCACGACAGAUGCAAAACAUUGCCGAAUUGGAUAAAUUGCAGCUUAUACGAGACGUCAAUGAUGUCUUAAAUGGAGAUAUUCAAUUCCAAGACAGCUACUUGUUACCACCUGCAACAAGUGAAAGAGACAACCCACCUCAAACAUUCGAAACUUUUAGCGUUUCACAUAAUGACGAUGAUGUUGCCACUGAUGACAACGAAAAGGAUGAAGAGGACGACGCGCUACCGGAUAUGAUGGAGAAGGCAUCUAGCGACAUGAUAACAAUGCAAAAGCCUAUGAAGCUCCCAGCCUCAGUUCAAACGGAGCCCUCAAAUAAGGAUUUACGCGAACAGGAAAAUGAUCGUUUAGACCACUCAUUUGAGAGCGUUGUAGACUCUGAGAUUUCUCGUUUGAAACAUCAUCUUGAUAGUCCAGGCCGAUCGUACAACACGCCAGUAGCUCGUAACUUCACGUCGAAGGCGAUUGAGCUUGGAGUUAAUGACAUGACCCGCCCCAUUAAUACAGAUAGACAAGAAGCGGUAAAAAUCGCGCUGCGCGAAACUAAUGCUGGUGAAAUCACACGCCACAUGACGAACGAAUAUAUGGAUAACUUUAUUGUGCGAUGGAAACGAGGUCUUCUAAUCCAAAGCCAAAACCGCCAGCGUAGAGCUCGACAGAUUGCACAAGCAGGUGCAACAUUCGAAAGACUGCAUCGUGACCAGUCGUUUAAUCGCUGGCGAGCACUUGCUUUUCUAAACAGCCAAGUGAUGUCUUGUCGGAUGGGUGCAUUUCAGCUGCGAUCACAGCGUCGAUUACUUCGAAUGUGCUGGCUAGCUUUCUGCAGAUUUUACUUUUCUACCAGGCUGCGAUCAAUACUAUUGCGAGGUCUGGCUAAAAGAAAAGUGAUGGUGAAGAAAUAUGGAGCAUUUCAAGUGUGGCGAUACUUCGCUCAAAAUUGCUUAACCCGCGAUCAGCUACACGAAAUCCAGUGUUCCAUACAAAAAAGGCUCGAUGUAUAUCUAAUGCGAAUGUCGGAGCUUUACUGCAGCAAACAGACUGUACAGCCAAUGCUUGCUCAAAUUUUGCGAAAGUGGCGAAAUGAAGCACGUUGUCACGAGAAGCAGCUACGAACUUUGCGAAAAGUGCUGCUGCAUACUUUUGCAACACAAGUUCGACAUGCUUGGACGAGGUGGACGAGAUAUGCAUUGACUUUGAAACUAAUCACAAACGAAAAAAGAAAGACAGAGGAGUACAUUCAACAGAUUUCUGACCGUCUAACAUUCCAACAUGAUCAAUUGCUGUCAACCUUGCGAGAAAGAAGUGCUCACCAAUUUCAGAAACUCACGCUUGCCAUAGCUAGAAAAGAUCGAGAGCUAGAGGUACUGAAGCGACAACAAGUCGCAGAAGAUCUUCAAGAGCCGAAAUGGGAACACGAUCUUCGCAAAUUUCUUGAGAACGCAAUUAUCAAAUGCGAUGAGCAAAUUAGGCGAGCAAGUGAUAGACUUGAAAUUCUACUUCAGAGUGCUGAUAAUGAUGUAUACAGUGCACGCUUUGGUGCUUCCCAGGCAAGUCAAUCUGCAGUAGGCAUAGUCAUCUUUUCUUACUCUUUUGUGAUGUCCCAGAUUCUUGUCAACUGCACAAUUCAGCAGAAAGCUGACAACGCCAACGAGCGUAUCCGACUUCACGAAGCGCUUUCAUCGUACCUUAUACAUUCCAAACAUUCGGCUGAAAUUGUUGCCCUGGAUCUAUCUCCCAAUUGUCGCUUCUUGUACGACAUGAUCCAACAGGUAAUUGCUUUUAUCAUGUUUCGCUCAUUUCCACUAUAUCAUAAUGCCUUUCUCGGUCUUUCAGCGCCUCAAACGUCUUCAGCAGCUUCAUCACUCAUUAGCGAAACUUGCUGCGAUCUCCGGUUUGACCGACGUCUCUCUUGA